GAGAGACAGCGUGACUUCGGCUCAACACUUGUCACUCAAUUGAUCCACAUUUGAAGCUAUUGUACACACCAUUGAUUGGCCCACAUAUCUGACCGGUGAUGACGGGUCAGUCAGAGUCAGAGUCGGAAUCACUAGAAGUGAGUGUUUUGUGCGAAAAUGAGGCGAAGAGUGGUGUGAAGAGAGUCCGCUCGACAUUCAUGUGCUCUUAUGGUGACUGCAAUGCUGUCUUCAAUCGACAAUUCAGACUCAAUCGACACUUAAGACAACACUCCGGAGAGAGACCAUUUGUCUGUCCCAAAAGUGGAUGUCUUCGUGCGUUUAGUUGCAAAUCAUAUCUCCAUAAACACCUCCAAAGACCCCAUAAUCUCAACUCCUGUGAUGACAACAAGGAAGAGCCUCAGAAGACCGGUGAGGAAGUGGUGAAUAAGAGCCGCAAACAAUACGUGUGCAACGAUUGCCGCAAAUGUUUUAAAACGAAAUUUCAGCUCAAAAUCCAUGGUUUCCAACACUCGGGAGUCAAACCAUUUGAGUGCAACAAAUGUGACAAACAGUUGGCCACUAAAAGCAAACUCAAGAGUCAUAUGAAAACACACGACGGCUAUGCCUGCGGUCGAGAGGGAUGUGAUUACAAGACAUACAAAUGGAGUGAAUUGCGGAAACAUAUAUCGGUUUCGCAUAGAGUUAGCCAUCGAUGCGAUUCUUGUGAUAAAGUGUUUAGCAGUUUAUUUAAUCUUAAUUUCCACCAAAAGAAUAUUCACUCAAACGAAAGCCACAAAAUUGUCUGCACGUAUGAUAACUGCGGCAAAACAUACUCUAAUGAAUCCAAUCUUAAGACUCACAUUCGAUCCAAACAUAUGAAGCAAUUGUUUGAAUGCUCUGAAGAAGGAUGUGAUAAGAGUUUUCUACACAAGAAGUCAUUGACUAAACAUUUAGAGAACCACUCGGCGCCUCAAAUGCCAAACGCCAAAAAUGCAGACAAAAUAUAUCGAAGAAAAGUGAGUAAAGCGUCCGAAUUGACUGCAAUUGAAUUGAAUGAAAGCCAAACCAAACAAAUAAUGGAUUCAGACUUUCUGUUCAGAAGUGAGACUCAGAGUCUGACACAAGAAUGAAGAAUUCGUGGGCAAUAGGAAUACAAUUAAUUUAUUAACA